GAAAAUAGUGAUGAUUCGUAGAGAGACAAAACAGCUGUUACCUGGAAAAAUUUUCCUUUGAAAUUGGACUUUGCACUAAUACCUCCAAAUUCCCUUAAUAACAGUAGGCAGUAAUCACGUUCUCUAUUCACGUGGCCACCAUCCCCAAGUUUCAAAGCACACAUGUACAGUUAGUUGCACAUGAGUUAGGUAAUGUGUAUAGGUGGAUCUGUCGUCUUUCUCUACAUAUGAUAUGGUAUCAUCGAUAUGAUUGAAUGCAGAUGCUGAGGACUAUCAUCACCAGUAAAACGAUUGAGAUUAAGAUAAGUGUCUCACCAUCUGAUUAGUAUAGCAGUAGUAAAAGUAAGAUCACGUGGUUAGAUCCCCAAUCGUAUUAUAUAAAGCAUAGCACGAAGCUUUAUAAGUCUCUCUUUAUCUAACUCACAUCUAUCCAAGAUUUUCUCAGUUAGAAUUACAAAAACAUAACAGACCAAACAAGUUAUACGAGCUUUCAAGACUCCUAACGGAAUUGCAAGAAGAGAACUCACAAUGAAGAGAUUCUAUUCAGUUGCUCUCAUUGUGUUAUUUGUAUCUUUAGCAGCAAGUAUGUAUAGUGUAGAGGGACGUUCUCUGUUAACAAUGACACCUUCUGGUAAAGCUGUGAGAGAUUUUCAGGUAGGCAAGAACCUAAAGAAAGCCCCAGUUAGAAGAGAAAAAGAUAGCUUCCGAAAAGUCCCAACGAAUUCCCCAAAUCCUACUCCUGCUUCUUCAUCACGUCACUUGUCUUCUUCUUCGGAAAUGGCUUAUUCUGCUUCCUCUUCCUCUCUUGACCCCAUCAAUACCAAGGUUCUCACGUAUGACGGUAUGAGUAUGCUGUCCGUGGAGAAAUAGUCAACAUUAGUCAGUGAUGAGCUAGCCUGGAUGUGUUGAGGCCUGAAGGAGCGCAGUUGUACAGACGGUCCAACGUGAAAGAGAAAAGCGAGUUGCAAGUUUUUUUUUUUUUUUUGGUGA